AUACAAACCAAAGUGUCAAUUUCACGUAAACGUGAAACACCAUCAAAAUCAAAACAUUGUCGAUUUUCAAUUUUAUAUUGAAACAUUUUUUGUUUUUAGAUAAAACCGACGGGACAACGAAAUAAAAGUUUUUAAAAAGUUUGGUAAAUGAAAAGAAAAAAGGAAAAGUUCACAAAAAAUACAUGAAAACUAAGAAACAUGACACCACCACCAUCGAUGCCAAUCAAUUAUUAUGAAGUAUUAAAUUGUCAUCCAUCCGAUUCAAUUGAGGAGAUAAAAAAAUCCUACCAAAACUUGGUAUUGAAACAUCAUCCCGACAAACAGAAUGCAUCCGGCAAUCAAAACAUUGAGCAAUUCUAUCGAAUCGAUGAAGCAUGGAAAAUGUUAAGAGUGCCCGAACAACGGAAAAAAUACGAUGCUGAAAUGAAACAGCGUAAAUUUGACGCAGAACCGAUAGUUCAUGCAAAGGUCUAUCGACAAGAUUUUAAUUUCGAUUCAGAAUCACAGAAUUUUAUUUAUCCAUGUCGAUGUGGUAGUUUCUUUGUUCUGCCAGACGAUUGCAUUGAAUCGGUCAACUGUGAUAGUAGCGUAAUAAAUUCAUCCGAUGACUCAAAAUCAAAUGGAUGCAAUGAAAACAAUGACGACGAUGAAAUUUACAUUGAAUGUGACGAAUGUUCAUUUGUCGUGCAAUUGCUUAGCAAUUCAACACGUAGCCGAUAAUAUUGGAUAAACGAUAAAUUAUUAUUGUAUAAAAUGCA